AAUCCCCCCACGUCCCCUCACCCACUUUUCCUCUUUAUAAUAAUAUAUUCAUGGUAAAUGCUUAUCUUCUUUCCCCCAUCAUCACACUUCCCAGUUUCCCAAAUGAAUCAAAUCCGAUCCAUUGACCUUGCAUCACCUCUCCUCCCGGCAUUAAACUUGGUACUCUUCAGUUUCAUUUUCCUGCCCACAACAGCUUUUGCAGUGGACGAAAAUUUUACCAUCUGCAGUGUGCCCAGAUAUUGUGGUAAGCUAAACAUAAAGUUCCCUUUCUUCAUCCAGGGGCGGGAUGACCCGAGAUGCGGUUAUCCAGGAUUCGAAAUCCAUUGCAGAAACAACACAAACCCAAUUCUCAGCUUGGGUGAUGGCAACUAUAGCAUCGAUGACAUCUUUUAUCCCAACCAAUCUUUCCUCGUUUCCAGAGCUGUUCGUUUUGAGAGAGAUUCCAUUUGUAACCAUAAAAUCCGAAACAUAUCCUUGCCUAAUGACCGCUACCAGCUUCCUCCCGGGAAUACAAAAAUAGUUUUUCUCUUUAAUUGCAACUUAACCUCCAUCCCGAUACUUUCACCGCACAAGAUUAGUUGCCCUGCUGAGAAUGAAACUAAUUCAACGUUGGCACUGUUCCAUAGCGAUCCGCAGCUGAAGUUUGCUUCAGAAAAUUGCAAGGAAAGGGUAGAGACGCCUGUGGAUUGUGACCAAGGAAAUAGAUUACAUGUUGAAGGUCUACUGAAUAAAGGGUUUGUGUUGAACUGGAUAGCGAGCAACUGCAGCAUUUGCGAGAAGUCUGGUGGCAAGUGUGGAUUCGAUUAUCGUACCUACCAUUUCAAAUGCUUUUGCCCCGACAGGCCUCACGCUUGGCACUGUACUCCUGGUAUGAAUUUCUCUCUCUCUUUCUUCUUGUUAUUUCAUGCAUAGUCUCUAAGUAAUUCAACAUUUGCCAUUGACCAU